UGCAGACUUUACCCAGGCUGGCGCCUCUAACUAAUCGACUAACUCCAGCCUCUGUGGGGAGAUAAACAGACCCAGAAUCUUUGGGUGGUCAAGAGAAAGAAAAGCCGACUCAGCCCAGCUCUUCAGAACUCUGUGAAUAGACUGCCUGGACAGACUGCCUGCUCACCCAUAUCAUGGCGCUCCAUCCCCGCAGAGUCCGGCUGAAGCCCUGGCUGGUGGCCCAGGUGGAUAGUGGCCUCUAUCCUGGACUCAUCUGGUUACAYAGAGACUCCAAACGCUUUCAGAUUCCCUGGAAACAUGCCACACGUCAUAGCCCCCAACAAGAGGAAGAAAAUACCAUUUUUAAGGCCUGGGCUGUAGAAACGGGGAAGUACCAGGAAGGGAUAGAUGACCCUGACCCAGCAAAAUGGAAGGCCCAGCUCCGCUGUGCUCUCAACAAGAGCAGGGAAUUCAACCUGAUGUAUGAUGGUACCAAGGAGGUGCCUAUGAACCCAGUGAAGAUAUAUCAAGUGUGUGACAUCCCUCAGCCCCAGGGUUCAAUCGCUAACCCAGGCUCUACAGGGUCUGCUCCCUGGGAUGAGAAGGAUAAUGAUGUGGAUGAAGAUGAUGAAGAAGAUGAGCUUGACCAAUCUCAGCACCAUGUUCCUAUCCAGGAUACCUUCCCCUUCCUGAACAUCAAUGGUUCUCCCAUGGCACCAGCUAGUGUGGGCAACUGUAGUGUGGGCAACUGCAGCCCUGAAGCAGUAUGGCCCAAAACAGAACCUUUGGAGAUGGAAGUGCCUCAGGCACCUAUUCAGCCUUUCUAUAGCUCUCCAGAGCUGUGGAUCAGCUCUCUCCCAAUGACUGACCUGGACAUCAAGUUUCAGUACCGUGGGAAAGAAUAUGGGCAGACCAUGACAGUGAGCAAYCCUCAGGGUUGUCGGCUCUUUUAUGGGGACCUGGGUCCCAUGCCUGACCAGGAGGAGCUCUUUGGUCCUGUCAGUCUGGAGCAGGUCAAAUUCCCAGGUCCAGAGCAUAUCACCAAUGAGAGGCAGAAGCUCUUCACCAGCAAGCUACUAGACGUCAUGGACAGAGGUCUGAUCCUGGAGGUCAGCGGUCAUGCCAUUUAUGCCAUUAGGCUGUGCCARUGCAAGGUGUACUGGUCUGGGCCAUGUGCCCCAUCACUUGUUGCCCCCAACCUGAUUGAGAGACAAAAGAAGGUCAAGCUAUUUUGUUUGGAAACAUUCCUGAGUGAUCUUAUUGCCCACCAGAAAGGACAGAUAGAGAAGCAGCCACCAUUUGAGAUAUAUUUAUGCUUUGGGGAAGAAUGGCCAGAUGGAAAACCUCUGGAAAGGAAACUCAUCUUGGUUCAGGUCAUUCCUGUGGUAGCUCGGAUGAUCUACGAGAUGUUUUCUGGUGAUUUCACACGAUCCUUUGACAGUGGCAGUGUUCGCCUGCAGAUCUCGACUCCAGACAUCAAAGAUAACAUUGUUGCUCAGCUGAAGCAGCUUUAUCGCAUCCUUCAAACCCAAGAAAGCUGGCAGCCCAUGCAGCCCACCCCCAACAUGCAACUCCCCCCUGCUCUGCCUUCCCAGUAAUCYUGAAUGCAAUCUUCUCCCUCUAUUUUUUUUACAACAUUGUACAUAUGUUUUUGUGAUUUUUGAAAAAUAUUCAGAUUUAACCAGCUUUUAAACCUUUUUAUUUUAAUGUUAGAAUUCUCUGACUUUUAAAAUAUACCUAGAUUUUAAAGUUGAUUUAAUUUAUGGAAAAA